GCCUCUAGGAGACGUCACAGCAAGGGAGGUUUGAAGACGCGUACGCAUGCUCACUAGCAGUCCUUACGAAUUUCUGUCGCGAAGGAUAACAGCCAAGAUGAGGGCGCUGUGUGUUCUUGCCGUGCUUGCUGUGCUGGGGUUAGUGGCGGGAGAGGAGGGGGCCCGACUCCUGGCCUCCAAAUCCCUGCUGAACCGCUACGCAGUGGAGGGACGGGACCUCACCCUUCAGUACAGCAUCUACAACGUCGGGACCAGCGCCGCCCUAGAGGUGGAGUUGUCUGACGACUCCUUCCCCCCGGAGGAUUUCGGCAUCGUGUCCGGAAUGCUCAACGUCAAGUGGGACAGGAUCGCACCUGCCAGCAAUGUCUCUCACACGGUGGUACUGCGCCCCCUGAAGGCCGGGUACUUCAACUUCACCUCUGCGACGGUCAGCUACCUGGCGCAGGAGGGAGGGCAGGUCGUGGUGGGGUACACCAGCGCUCCAGGGCAGGGGGGCAUUCUGGCUCAGAGGGAGUUUGACAGGCGCUUCUCCCCACACUACCUGGACUGGGCAGCUUUUGGGGUGAUGACCCUGCCCUCGAUCGGGAUCCCCCUGCUCCUCUGGUACUCCAGUAAGAGGAAGUACGACUCGCCAAAGAGCAAGAAGAACUGAG